AUGGCUACCCCUAGUGUCCUCGUUUUUUACGCUGACGGUCGGGCCAUUGAUUUUGACGUCUGGGUAGAUGACCUGCAGCUUUUCCUACAGUGCGAUAGGGCAGACGGUCUCUCCCUCUUUGACCUCACCUCUGGUGCCUCUCCUGCCCCUGCUGCUGAUGCCGACGCCACUGUUCGCUCACAGUGGGCCACUCGCGAUGCUGCUGCACGUCUUGCUGUGCGUCGCCACCUGCCUACCUCUGAGCGUGCGCACUUUAGCCAGUACAAGAGUGCUCAGACCUUGUACGACGCUGUAGUUGCGCGCUACUCCUCCCCUGCCACUGCUGCACUGAGCCGCCUCAUGCUACCGUACCUCUUCCCUGACCUUGCUGCCUUUCCCACAGUCGCUGACCUCAUUACGCACCUCCGCACUAGUGACACUCGCUACCGCGCUGCGCUUCCUGCUGAGUUCUGCGCCAAGAACCCCCCCCCCAUGUACAUCACCCUCUACUACAUAGUCACCCGGCUCCCUGACUCCCUUUGCGUAGUCAGGGACCACUUCCUCUCAGUUUGCCCCACCACUCUCACCGUUGACCUCCUCGAAAAGGCCCUCCUAGCAGCAGAAAAGAGCAUAGUAGCUGUAGGAGCCUCUCGUGGUGACCCUCGCACCCCCAUCUUUGAGGGUCGGUCGGUGCGGCGUCUACCCCUAGCGGGAGACGCCGCCCUGGCAAGGACAAGGGGGGCAGGGGCACUGGAGGAGCUAGCGGGGGCGGUGGAGGCGGCGGUGGAGGCGGUGGAGGGGGUGGGGGUGGCGGUGGGGGUGGUGGCGGGGGUGGAGGUGUCGGUGGCGGCAGUGGAGGUGGAGGCGGCGGCGGCGGUGGCGGUGGGAGCGGAGGUGGCGGCGGUGGAGGAGGCGGCGGCGGAGGAGGUGGAACUGGUCGGGGUGGCGCUGCGCAGAGGGUCGGCUCCGGUGGUGGUCAGCGCCAGCAGCAGCAGCAGCAGCAGCGCACUCGUGACAUCCCCCCCCCUCAGCAGCUCCGUGAGUGGUACGCUGCACGCCAGCGGGCUGUCUAGGGCGGGUGUAGCUGUCUUUGACCUUGACUUUGAUGCUAUUCUUGCUGCCAUGUAUACUGUGACUAUUAGUGAUGAGGGUGACUGUUACCGGUGUUUUCCGCCCGACCCGGGCAUUGAGUCUGCUGCUCUAGGUACUGGUGAGGCUGCUGCUCUAGGUGCUAGCGAGGCUGCUGCUCUAGGUGCUCGUGCGUCUGCUCCCUCAGGUGCUGGUGAGUCUGCUCUCUCAGGUUCUGCGUCGGCUUCGGCCUCCCACACCUUCACCCUUGACUCGGGGGCUUCUCGCUCCUUCUUUCGAGACCGCACCAGACUCACGCCGCUUGGCCGGCCAGUUGCAGUCUCUCUGGCAGACCCCUCUGGGGGUCCUGUCCUUGCUCACUUCUCCACUGUCCUCCCGUGUCCGGCGGCCCCCUCUGGCACCCUGUCUGGUCUUUACCUCCCCUCGUUCUCUACGAACUUGGUAAGUGGUGCUGACCUACAGGAUGCGGGGGUUCACCAGUUCACUCCUGCGAGUCAGCGGGUGACCCACUGCACAGACGCUCGGACAGGCCGACACCUGGCCACGUUUACACGUCGGCCGGGGUCGAGCCUGUACACACUGACCACUGCGUCUCCUCCAGUCACUGCGUCUGGUCAGGUAGCUGCGUCGGGUCAGGUGUUUGCUGCAGCGUCCAGGUCUGGUCCUGAGUCUGCCCCCUGUUCGUGUCGCCUUCUGUCUCACGAGACUCUCCUCUGGCACCACCGCCUUGGUCACCCCUCCCUGCUUCGUCUCCGAGGCAUGGCCUCCCGUGUCCUUGUCUCUGGUCUUCCCCGGUCCCUCCCUCCCCUUCCUCCGGGGCCUGGCCCUACCUGCGUCCCCUGUGUCGAGGGGCGGCAGCGGGCUGCCCCUCACUCCUCCCAGUUUCCUCCGACAGAGGCCCUGCUGCAGACGCUUCACAUGGACGUGUGGGGCCCGGCCCGCGUCCGUGGACAGGGUCACGAGCGCUACUUCCUGCUGGUGGUUGACGACUACUCGCGUUACACCACAGUCUUCCCCUUGCACAGCAAGGGUGAUGUCACUGAGGUGUUGAUCGACUGGAUCCGCGCAGCUCGUCUCCAGCUCAGGCAGAGCUUCGGCUCGGACUUUCCUGUUCUGCGUCUGCACUCUGACAGAGGUGGAGAGUUCUCCUCUGGCCUUCUGCGAGCCUACUGUCGUGCACGAGGCAUCCGCCAGACCUUCACGCUUCCGGACUCUCCACAGCAAAAUGGGAUUGCUGAGCGCCGCAUUGGCAUGGUCAUGGACGUCGCCCGUACGUCCAUGAUGCAUGCGGCUGCCCCCCAUUUUCUGUGGCCGUUUGCGGUUCGGUAUGCGGCGCAUCAGAUCAACCUUCACCCCAGGGUCUCCAUGCCGGAGACCUCCCCAGCUUUGCUGUGGACGGGGAAGGUUGGCGAUGCGUCUGCGUUCCGUGUCUGGGGAUCUCGGGCGUUUGUCCGCGACUUGUCUGCGGACAAGCUGUCCCCUCGUGCUGCUCCUUGCGUCUUCCUUGGCUUCCCCCCUGACGCGCCAGGGUGGCAGUUCUACCACCCCACCUCUCGCCGUGUUCUGUCCUCCCAGGACGUCACGUUUGACGAGUCGGUCCCCUACUACCGCCUCUUCCCCUACCGCACUCCGUCCCUCCCCCCGCCACCGCUCUUCCUUGUGCCAGGUCCCCCCCCGGUAGACCCCCUCCCCCCUCAGGGUCCUGCCCCUUCAGGUGUGUCCCAGGUAGACGCAGUCGAGCCUGUCGAGGUUACUGGUGACUCUGGUGCUGCUGAGGGUGCUGAGCCUGGGGGUGCUGACUCUGGGGGUGCUGAGCGUGUGGGUGCUACGCCUGGGGGUGCUGAGCCUGAGGGUGCUACUACUGGGGGUCCUGAGCCUGGGGGUGCUGAGCCUGGGGGUGCUACUACUGGGGGUGCUGAGCCUGGGGGUGCUGAGCCUGGGGGUGCUACGCCUGGAGGUGCUGAGCCUGGGGGUGCGGAGCCUGAGGGAGCUGGGCCUGCUCGUGUGGCGUCUGGCGGUGCUGAGCCUGGAGGUUCUCCGGGUGCUUCGUCUCGGCGAGAGCCACUCUCUCCACAGGAGCUGCGCGAGUGGUUUGCCCGGCGCUGGAGGCGUGCUGCUGGAGCUGGAGGUUCUUCGGCUGCUGAGGGUGCUGGUGCCGCGGGUCCCGGAGGUGCUCGUACUGGGAGUACUGGAGCUGCUGGGCCUGCGGGUACGACUGGAGCUGGAGCUGCUGAGGGUGUUGGCGCUGAGGCUACUGCUGUCGGUCCUGGAGGCGGUCCUACUGGGGGUGCUACUGGUGCUGCUGGAGGUACUGGAGCUGGAGGUGCUGCUGGCGCUGGUGCUGCCGCUGGGGGUACUGGUGCUGUCCCUGCUGUGUCUGGAGUCGCCGCGCGGCCUCGGCCGUACUUCGUUCCGCUCCUUCAGCAGGUUCUUGGUCUCCCGCCUUCUACUGGUCCUCCUCCUCCCUUAGAGUGUCCACAGCCUGUCCCGUCACAGUUACAGUUACAGCCGGCCUCCCCACUGCCCGCUCCUUCUCCCUACACUGGUCCUACUGGAGGUCUUACAAAGCGUCGUGAGCCUGCGUCUCGCCCUGCGUCGCCUGUCCGUGCUGCUCGCACUAGUGGUCGUGGUUCGCGUCAGCGUCCUCCUCCUGUCCUUGGCACGCACCGGAUGUCUCUGCGUCCGUCCACUGCUCCUCUGCGUGCCCCUUUGCCUUCUCCUCCUGAGUCCUCUCUUCCUGCUCUUCCUGACCCGGCGUCGGACUCCGUUCGUGCUGCCAGUCCGACUGUCACGCGUCUCCUUGCUACUGUUGUCACUGACCCUUCCUUUGAGUCCACUGCUGCGUCUGCCCUAGUUGCUGAGCUCGUCGACUUUGCUGCUCGCUGUCGUCUAGACUACGCUGCUAGUCUUGUUGCUGAGUCUGAGUCUGUCUGUCCUCCGUCCGUCGGGGGUGAGUGUGCCCUUGGCACGGACGUCCUUGAGGACAGGCAGGAGGAGUUCCAGUGUCUGGCUGCUGCUUCACCUCAUCUCGUGUCCGUACUGCUUACCCCUGAGGGAGACCCGGAUGCACUUGACAUCCCGACUCCGCGCUCUUACGCGGAGGCGAUAGAGGGUCCCUACUCCUCUCAGUGGCAGGCAGCUAUGGACGCAGAGAUGGCUUCCUGGAAGUCCACAGGCACCUACGUUGACGAGGUUCCCCCGCCUGGGGCGAACAUCGUCAGUGGCAUGUGGAUUUUCAGGGUGAAGCGGCCGCCGGGUUCUCCGCCUGUCUUCAAGGCGCGUUACGUGGCUCGUGGCUUCAGUCAGCGGCAGGGAGUUGACUACUUUCAGACCUUCUCUCCCACCCCGAAGAUGACCACUCUUCGGGUACUGCUGCACAUAGCUGCUCACCGCGACUACGAGCUGCACUCUCUUGACUUCAGCACUGCUUUCUUGCAGGGCAGCCUGCACGAGGAGAUCUGGCUGCGUCGCCCACCUGGCUUCACUGGGUCCUUUCCUCCUGGCACCCAGUGGAGCCUCCGGCGGCCAGUCUACGGUCUCCGCCAGGCACCGCGUGAGUGGCACGACACACUGAGGACUACACUUGCGGCUCUUGGGUUUGCUCCCUCUACUGCCGACCCGUCGCUGUUUCUGCGCACCGACACUUCUUUGCCGCCGUUCUACAUCCUCGUGUACGUCGACGACUUGGUCUUCGCCACAGCUGACACUGCUGGACUCGCCCACGUGAAGUCCGAGCUGCAGAAGAGACACACGUGCACAGACCUGGGUGAACUGCGCAGCUACCUUGGCUUGCAGAUCACCCGGGACAGAGCACGCCGCACCAUUACCCUGACUCAGUCACACAUGGUGCAGCAGGUCCUUCAGCGCUUCGGCUUCACGUACUCCUCGCCUCAGGCCACUCCUCUGCCUACUCGCCACUCGCUCUCAGCUCUGCCUUCGGAUGAGUCCGUAGAGUCGAGUGGCCCGUACCCAGAGCUUGUUGGCUGCCUCAUGUACCUGAUGACCUGCACACGACCUGACCUUGCAUACCCUCUUAGCAUUCUUGCACGCUAUGUUGCUCCUGGGAGACACAGACCAGAGCACAUGGCUGCAGCGAAGAGGGUGUUGCGCUACUUGUGCAGUACGUCGGGCAUGGGGCUUGUGCUUGGAGGGCAGAGUCCAGUGGUCCUCACUGGGCACGCAGACGCUUCUUGGGCUGACGACCAGGCUACGCAGCGGUCGUCACAGGGUUACACCUUCAGCCUUGGUUCCGGCUCUGUUUCGUGGCGGGCUACCCGCUCGUCUUCUGUUCUCGGCUCCAGUUGUGAGGCUGAGAUCUACGCUGGGGCCAUGGCUGCACAGGAGCUUCGCUGGCUCACCUACCUGCUCACUGACCUCGGAGAGCCGCCUCGUUCUCCUCCAGUGCUGUACGUAGACAACAAGGCCAUGCUGGCCUUGUGUCGAGAGCAGAGACUGGAGCACAGAACGAAGCACAUUGCUCUCCGCUACUUCCUUGCUCGUGAGCUACAGCAGCGUGGUCAGCUACGGCUUGCGUACGUGGCCUCUGAGGCCAACACUGCUGAUAUCUUCACCAAGGCACUUCCGCCUUGUGAUCAUCAGCGCUUCUGUACUCAGCUGGGUCUUGUGCCUACCUUGCCUCACUUGCUCACCCCUUGA